AGAUGAGAAAGAGAGGGAGAGUAGGUCAAGAGAAGUAUUGUGCUUAUGGGAGCGUGGCAAACAUGGAGAUAAAGGACACAGACGCAGGAUAAGGCCUUGGGGCAGAAGGUGGGAUUAAUUGCCCCUGGCACACAAGGCCACGCAAUAAAUUGCCCCGGGCGGUCAACACAGAGGAGGGCUGCGAUACGGUGAUGAAGGUGUUACAGUGGAGAGAGGCUGGUGGGAGGCGAGGUUAAUUAAACUCUUCAGUGUGUAACACUCUCAUUCAUUACCUUCAUUACCUUGUUCAUUUAAUCUGCUCCGCUGUUGGCAUUUUAUCACAUUCAGCCCCAUUGUGGCAUCAUAGAGAUGAUUAGGUUUCAUGUUGAACCCUCAGCUGCAGAGGGGGUAACAGAGAGCGAGAGGCUGAGCAGCAGGUCAGUUUAGGUCUAACAGACACAGCCACACGCAGCAAAUAGCACAAAAUAAAUUGAGUUCACACUGGACACGCAUUUUACUUGAUUUUCCACCCUGGAAUCAGUGGAUUAGUCUUAAAAGUGGAAAAUGAAAACGAUUUUACCCCCCAGUCUCCAGUGAACUGUGCUGAGGCCAAUAUACAGCCCCGCAUAAAAGAGCUGAGGAGCGCUGCUCAAACGGACAUGAGUGCAGAACCGACGGAGCGAACCAAAUUCCGGGACUCAUCUUUAUAACAACCAAAACAAGCCAAAACUUCUCAGCAGUAUUUUUGCUGUCUGGAUCUUUAAAUAGACACAGCCUUCACUUUUGGUACCUGGCACAAGAAGAAGAAUUUGCUGUUUGAGGGCAUGGCGAAAGCAAGCAAGCAAGCAGGCGAAGGUGGAACAAAAUGGAUUGCAUCACGACAAAACUUCUCAUUUUCAACUCCAUUAGGUCCCCCUCACAGUCUUGACAGUGUUGUGCUUUUUGCCACUUCACAUGAUUAAUCAUGUGUGGAGGCUGCAGCAGAAACACAGGAGCCUGAACUGCAGGCAGCUGAGGCUCCACGCUGGAGAUGACUGAACAAUCACAAGAUACACUGACAAGUGGAGGAGACACACAAAGAAAGAGAGUCAGGGGUUAGAAUAAAGUCAGACUGCAACAACAACUGAUAGCAAUGUUUUAACAAAGCUUGUGUUGUGUUUGUAGAGUAUUCAGAGAGAUAAUAGUGAAAUUUGCACACUAAAGGUGUUGGGAACUCCACCGAUUUUACACAUCAAAGUCUGUUGCAUAUGCGAAAAAAGUUGCAUAACGGCUUUUGUGGCUCCAGAGAGAGCUGUGCGAAAUCUAUACAAUUGCCUCAAGUGAUGUCAUGUGAGUCAGCAUCGGUUGGGGCUGAGGACUACGAGUUUAAAAAUGAAAAAAAUCGGAGGGUGUGGAGUUAGAAAGUAGCUUACCAGACUCUGUAGCCGCUCCUCAUCUCUGCUUGAGGCUAGAGGCUCAAGGCUACAUUAUCUGCUACUAGCAUACACCCAAAUCUCAGAUUGAACUGUUGGUGGUUGAGUUGCAUUGUGGGUAAUGCAGGCACCAUGUUUUGACAAGGAAGAAGAUUUUGUGGAAUAAAAAAGAUGAUAUUUCUGUUUCUGCUGCAUCGAUUUAGAUACUUUUUUUCCAUCAUCAGUCCGAUCUAGUGCAAUGCUAAAUCUAUGGAGUACCCUUUUAAUUCAUGCCACACACUCGGAGAUGACACAGUAAGAGCCAACAGAAGGAAGGCGAGGGGAUUGCGUCCUCCAUGUUUGUGGAGGUCAGCCUUGGGUCUGAUGUGGAGCAGUGCUCACUGUUGAUGCCUUUAGCAUUCUUGGACAGUCUGAAUCCCCAUGUGUCCUUCCAAACAUCCCCAAUCAUGUCUAAAGCAAAAAGUGAUGACUGCACAGUACCGUGGACAGCCUGCCCGCAUGGCUGCCCCUCGCCCUCCUCUGCUAUUCUCACUGUUCGUCCUGUCCUUUUUCCUGCCUCGACCCCCCCCUCUGAAAGUGAGCCAGUGUGCAGAAUGACCUUCAACCACACCCACAGGGAACAAGGAAGAAAAGAAAACAAGAGGAUAGUAGCAGGAUGGAGGAGAGGAAGAAGAGGGGUGAAAAAGAACAAAAAAAAAACCCACGCUGAAGUGAGGAAAAUGGAAAAUCUCUCUUCUCUUGGAAGCCAGCAGAGCGCAGAGCUGAAUCUGACAAGAAAGAUGACUCUCCAUCCCCUUUCUCACCAGUCUGAUUAAACCUCUCACUCUAAAAUGAACCCGGCACACAGAGAGUCACAGAAACGAGGGAGUUGAGGACUUGAGCCUUUGCUAAAGGUGCAGACUGGAAUGUCUACAGAUACACUUGAAGGAGCAGGACCUUGAAGACAAGGUGAUGCUAGGAAAUUCCUUUAAAUCACAUCUGUGGUUGACAAAGGAACCAAAAUUUAAUUCUUGGACAAGGAAAGCAGCAAGCCUUCUUUGAUCUGCCUCAGAAAUUCCCAAUCCUUCUGUUUAAAUAUUCAGUAAGCCGGCUGUAAUGAGUUAAUCUACAACAGGGGGAUGAUUUCCUUGUGUGACUAAGACAGUAAGUAGACAGAAGGAGGACUAAUUAAAGUUGUAACAUCUGCCUUCUGAGCUCUAAAUGUGUCUACAGGCUACAAGCAUCUUUCGCUCCACUUCCUCCGCUCUUAUUUUAAGCAAGGAAGGGUAAAUAAGGUAUCAGACUGCUCUCAAACAAUGCAACUAAUCUUCUGCAAAUGGCAUCAUCAUAAUUACCAUAACCAAUGAGUAUACUGUAACUGGGUGCUUUCAAAUAUUAAUGGCAUCUUCCAGCUGAAAACUUCCACAGCUGAUGGUGGAGGAGAGGAGGAGAAACUGAGGAGGGUGGGAGGUCUGGACUGGAGCACGUAACAUGCUUACAAAUUAACACCACAACCAAACUCGACAGCGUGAGUGAGUUUCUCCUCGUCCUCCUCUCAGUGUUGCACCUCUCUCUCUCUGUCUCCCUCAUAUGAGCCAUCUUCUCGGUUGGAUCGGUAUGCGGUCUCCACUUUAACGAUUCCGCGUCGCCGCUGAUGCUGCUGCUCCACUUCUGACCGACUUCCCCCGGCCGCUCCGCACAGCCGGAGCCCCACCGAGCAGCAGCGGCAGCCCCUGCAUGGCUCUCUGCCCCGCUGCUGUGUCGAAAGAUAAACCGACAAACAGCAGAAGCCCGACGCUGCGGGGAGGUGACAGAUCCAGAUUCACAUCGAGCCCCUGCAAUAACCGUCGGACAUACCGGCCACGCCAGAUCUGCACGGAGGGGGAAAUCUUGAUAAGUAUUUAUUUAUUUUUGUUCCUACAAACUCGGGUCUGCUUGGUGUGGCAGUGGCGAUGACUUCCCUCUCUCACAGCCUCGAGAUGAGCCUUCUCCUGGAGCCUGACUGUGAACAAACCCCCGGAGUCUAAGAAUAAGACUUUAUCACCGAGCCCGGCUCAUCAACGACAAUAAAAGAGACUUUAUUGGUCACCGGCAGCGCUUCUACUUGGAGAAAAACACAUUACUUGCUGUAAAUCAAGCCAGGAGGAUCGAGCCCAAGUGCAAGACGAAUGUUUUGGGCAUGGUGCCCACGCCCCAGGUGUGCGUAUCCACCCUGGUCACGGUGAGCACGAUGGCAGUGGUGGACCUCUACCUGCUGGAGCAGAGCAUGCUGGGGGCUCGUGGUCUUCCAGGACCUAGCGUGUGGCAGUGUGCGGCAGUGUUGCUAGGUGAUGUGGGCUUCCUGCUCGCGCUGCGCUUCGUGUCGGCUGGGGUGGUGUCAGAGGCACGGUCGCCACGUCGUGGUUUUGCCAACGCCCUCUGGUUCCUGUUCCUGUCCCUGCUCCAGCUCAAGCUCUUCUUUGUCUGCCAUAACUACAGGCAGGAGCGCCGGCCGCCCGACCCGCUGGCAAGGAAGACGCUGACGCUGCUGCUGUCCAUCUGCCUGCCCUCCUUGUUUCUCAUUCUGACAGGAGCUGACCACAUGACACCGCAGCGCAGGAAGCAGGAGGUGCGUGGCCGGCUCCUGUGGGUGGUGGUGGACCUGCUGGAUGUGCUUGACCUGCAGGCGGGGCUGUGGGAAGCCCAAGGAGGGGCUGCAGCGGGGACUGGAGGGAUUGUUGAGCAGAGGCUGCCUAUCUGGGCCGAGGGCCUGGUGUUCUUUUACUGCUAUGCCCUCCUGCUGCUGUUGCCGUGUGUGGCCCUUACAGAGCUGGGAGCCACCGGCCUGCCAGGACAGAGGGGGCCCCGUAAAGAGGCUUUGUACCCUUGGCUCAGCUUGGUGACUAUCAAUAUAUUCACCCUGGCCCUGAGGGGCACAGGCAUGCUGUGGUACAGGGACCCUCGUGUGUCCACUGUGUUCCUGGGGAAGAACCUGUUGGCUCUGGCUGUGAAGCUGAGCUCAGCCUGGGAGAGACACAAGCAGGAGCGCGGUGCUGCGGGAGCUGGGACUGUGUCUGGAACAGAACCAGGAGACUCGACCCUGCCAAGCCAGAGCUCAGGGCAGGGAGAGGGCCAGGCCCAGGGGAAAGCUCCUCCCUCUCAUUAUCACACACUGUCUCGCUCCCAAAGCCACACUCUCUCCCACGUCAGCCUGGAGCCCACAGAGACUCCCUUAGGACCGUCUUUCAUCUCCCAUGAACUCUAGAGUCACUCUGAACACGUACGCAUGCACAAAAGCAUGUACGCACGCCCACACCCAAAACUCGGACCAGCCAAGCCAGUAUUGCAUCCAAACAGAUAACUUUCAGCCCAACAGUGAUGGGUAUAAUGCAGAGCGAUGGAAAUGCAUUUGGCAAGCUUGGCUUUCUGCACAUUUUGUUGAAGAAUAACUCAAAAUGCAUUUUUAAAUUGAACACUGGGAACACAUCUAUGAGACUGUAAAGAAUAUUCCAGAAAUGUAUGUUGAAGUCUAGUAGUGUCUAUUCCCUUCAUUAAUCUGGGCACAGCUGCCCAAACUGCCACAGAUUUGUUGAUUUCUUUGCAUCCAGACACCUUGUUAAAUUUGAGUUCAUUUCAUGUCAUUUGUUGGUAAUAUUUGAUCAACACUCUUCUGCCAUUAGAUGCCAAAGUACAGACUGUGACCUUUAGUGUACAUUUUCUCUGUCACUUUACAGGGAACUUUUACAGAUAAAAGUUUAAUACAGAGGAGUGACGAUUUAUUUUUUCCUUUCAGUACCACAGAGACACGAUUCAAAAAGCCAUCCACCAGUAAAACUCACACUCUACACAGUGCUCUAGUAUUUCAAUGUAGAGUCUAAUCCAAACCUUUUUAGCUUGUGAGCCUUUAAAUCAAAAUCUACUCACGACCCCAAUGUUCUCUUCUUUGAAACCUAUUAAAAUCAGAUCUGAGGCCUGAAGAGGCAAAGCUAUCCAUUUUUUUUUUUUUUUUUAAAGCAAAGGUUAGAGAAGAGUCAGAAAAAAUAAACAUAAUAUGUGUAGCAGAUGUUUUCUUUUUAUGUCAUGACCUCCCAGAUUCAUCUUGCAAUCCCUUGGAGGGCCCCUACAUCAAGGGUGGGCAACACAAGUGUGGUGGUGCCAGAUUUUCAUUCAAACCAAAAGGAACACCAGCUGAUAUCACAAGUUUAGUUGUCUGGCAGAAAAUAUUAAUCAGCGAGAUCACUCACUGUGCUGUUUGGUUGGAGUGAAAACCUGCAGACUCAUGGGCCUCGUGGUCCACCAUCCCUGCCAAACUGUUUUUUUUUUGUCUUUUAUUUGAUUUAAAAGCAGAAUUUUAACGUCAGUUGGAGAUGAUUUUAGAGAUGCAUACUGUACCCUUCACAUAUAUUUCAGGGCCACGUUUGCUGUUAAUGUUAAAACCGUCCAGUAGCGAUUUUAACACAACAAAAUGUGCACAACUCAAGAUGCCAUCUAUUUAUGAAAGACACUGUUUCCAGAAAUAAAAUCUUUCAAUGGUAGGGCUUAAAGAUGGGCAAUAAGCAUUUUGCAUCAUCUUAAUUCUAUUGCAACACAAACUACAGUACAGGUCUAUUUUAGUACAUUGUUUACAAAGACAGAAUACCAAUGUAAGUAAUCCCUUUACAGUUUCAGAACACAUUCAAAAUUUAUGUUUUGCUGUCGUCUGUACUUGUCUCAAAGUCUCUGUUAGUCAUUUUCAAAAAGAAGACAAAAAAACAACUGUCUAGCUGCCUGCCCAACCCUCAAAUCCCUUUUUUCACUCUAGAUGAAAGAGUUAACUUUUAAAUUCCAUUUGAAUUAUGGAUGGAGCCUUUCAUCCACUAAUUUUUAUGAUGUGGGUGUUGUAGUAUUUGUGGCAUCAUGGGAUUGUGGGUCAGAGCAGCAGGUGUAGAGGAUGUACAGUACAGUCAAGUGCCUUGUUUCCUCAAGGAGCUACGAGCCUCUGAGUUGUACACAUUAUGUGUACCAUGUGGAACUUGGACAUAUUACUAUGUGUAUACUGUGAAGUUAUUCCACAGCUGUUGUCAGCUACACCUCCAGGACAGAGUGCAAACUAAUAAAGUGUUUCAUACUCGCCUA